CAUGGAAGAAGUGCUUCUAUUGGAUAGUAAACCUGCUUGUACCUGCAUGAAACCUCAGAUUCAAUUGGAUCUGCUCCUGCAGUGAAAUUAGAAAGAGAGACAGUCAGAGAGAGGGUGGGGCAGAGGGGCUGUCCCACUUGGGACAGCUGUAAGGCAUCUCUUGCUCUCAGCAUCAGUGAACCACCUUGUGAUACAAAUGCAACGAGUCGACAUGGCGUCUCCAAGGCACUAUGGGCGAUCUUCUGUGGACAUAGCCAAUGUGAUGCAGAAACUGCAGGAUGAGCAAGAAGCGGUGCAGAAGAGAACCUUCACAAAAUGGAUCAAUUCUCAUUUAGCAAAGCAUAAGCCACCUCUAGAGGUAAACGACCUUUUUGAGGACAUCAAAGAUGGUGUGAAGCUCUUGGCGCUGUUGGAAGUCUUGUCCGGCCAAAGACUGCCCUGUGAGCAAGGCCGCCAGCUGAAAAGGAUACACUGGGUUUCCAACAUUGGCACUGCACUCAAAUUCCUUGAAGGCAGAAAGAUCAAACUUGUCAACAUUCAUGCCACUGACAUCGCAGAUGGACGACCAUCAAUUGUUCUUGGGUUGAUAUGGACCAUCAUCCUCUACUUUCAGAUUGAAGAGUUAACCAGCAACCUGCCAGCUCUACAGGCAUUAUCCAACAGCAACUCGUCUGUGGACAGUACAGCCAGCUGUGAAACAGGAAGCCCUCCCAUGAAGAGGAAAGUCGUUAAAUUUCAGGGCAAUGCUAAGAAGGCUUUGCUCAGAUGGGUGCAGUGCACAGCUGCCCAGCAUUUUGGAAUUGAGGUGAAGGACUUUGGGCCCAGCUGGCGUGAUGGCAUUGCAUUCCAAGCAGUAGUUCAUGCAAUCAGGCCCGACCUGGUGGAUAUGGAAGUGGUGCGGCGGAGAAACAACAGGGAGAAUUUAGAGGAGGCUUUUUCACUUGCAGAAAAUGAGCUGGGCAUUCCUCGCCUGCUGGAUCCAGAAGAUGUGGAUGUUGACAAGCCAGAUGAAAAAUCCAUCAUGACUUAUGUGGCUCAGUUUCUCAAGCACUACCCAAACCCCCAACACUCUGAGGGUGAUGGACAGCAGGAUGAGUUUGUUCCCCAAGAUAUAGAGCAAAUGCUCGAGAGGGAAGAGAGGAAGAUGCUCAGAGAGCUGAAGGUGUUUUUGGAUCAGUUAGAGAGAGAUUUGCUGCGUGCCCAGGCCACAGAAGGAAGCCUCACUGACAAGUACCAGGCAUUCAAAAACUUUCAUGUACAGUAUGAAAUGAAGAAAAAGCAGACAGAUCAGCUGCUCCAGCCUGUUCAAAAGGAGGGCAAACUAUCAGUGGAUCAAGCUCUGGUCAAACAGGCCUGGGACCGUGUGUCUGCCCGGCUGUUGGACUGGCACAUCCAUCUGGAUAAGUCUCUGCCUGGACCUCUGGGAGUUAUUGGAGCCUGGCUUCACAGAGCAGAGAUGGCUCUGAGAGAAGACAUUCCUCCCCAACAUGUUCACGAAGAAACUGCCAAUGUUCUGCACAGAAAACUGGAGCAGCACAAGGAAGUAUUGAAAAGCUUGGAAUCACACAGACAGACUUUCAUGCAGAUCCACAGAGACAGAUCAGUCAAUGGCGUACCGGUGCCACCCGAGCAGCUCCAAGACAUGGCAGAACGGUUCAACUUUGUGUCAACCUCAUCGCACUCUCACUUGAUUAAGCUGGAAUUCUGGGAAAUGAAGUAUCGAUUGAUGGCAUUUCUUGUUUUGGCUGAGGCAAAGCUCAAGUCCUGGAUUAUGAAAUAUGGCCGACGGGAGUCAGUUGAACUCCUGUUACAGAGCUACCUCACCUUUGUUGAAGGCCACAGAUUUUUUGAGCAGUAUGAGAUCACCUUCACAGCCCUGAAGCAAGCUGCCGAGGUUUAUGUGAAGUCUGACAGUUCAAUUGAUGAAGCAGAGGGUGUGAGCAAAUUCCUGACUGAAACAACAGCUCAGUGGAAGAACCUGGCCCUGGAGGUCCGAAGUGUUCGCAGCAUGCUUGAAGAGGUGAUCUGUAACUGGGAGAAAUAUAGCAGCACUGUGGCAUCACUGCAAGCCUGGCUGGAGGAUGCUGAGCAAAUGCUGAACAAAUCAGAGAGUGCCAAGCGUGAUUUCUUCAGAAACAUUUCUCACUGGAUCCAGCAGCACAUGGACAUGAACGAUGCUGGGAAUUUUCUUAUUGAAACAUGUGAUGAAACCGUCUCUCGAGAUCUAAAGCAGCAGCUUCUGCUGCUGAACGGGAGAUGGAGAGAGCUGUUUGUCAAAGUCAAACAUUACGCAAGAGCAGAUGAGGUGGAUAAGUUGAGGCAAGACUAUCAAGAUGGAAUUAAUACCUUAAAGAUGUUUAUGGAUGCAACAAAUGAGAAGAUGACUGCUCCUGUUCAAGUGUCUUUCCUCAACGUCAGAGCCUUUGUUCAAGAUGUUGAGGAAAUCAAGCACAAGGUGCCAGCAAUGGAAGCAGCCUCCAAGGCUGCAAGCCGCACAGCUCAGCUGUUGACCAAAGACACUCCACAAGAAGAGAUUUCUCAAAUGAUGGCUGUGAUGGCUUCUAUCAAAGAGCAGCUCAGUAAGGUUAGGGAGAGAUGUCUCCCUCUGCUUAGGGAGUCUCAGUCUCUCUUACUUCCACUGGAAGAAAUGGAAAGGAACAUCACAGGCUUCUACCAAGCUCUGGAAAAGGCUAGUUGUAUCACCAGCACCACAGACUCUGAGAGACCAGUAGAUUUUAAACAGAAAUGCCAGGAGCUGGCAACCUACACACACAGCUGUAAGAAGUGCCUGACAGUAAUAGAAAGAAACCACCAAGCCAUCCAAAAAAUAAUGAGCACCAGUAAAACGCUGCAGCACAUGGACAUGAGUCUACUGCAGAAACGGGUGGCAGACCUGCAGACUUCGUCACAGAACAUGAUUAAGGAAUCUACAGAGUGGCGAAAGCAUGUGGAGGCAAACAGCAGCCUCAUGAAGAGGUUUGAUGAGUCACGAGUCGAGCUAGAGAAGGUUCUCAAAAUGGCACAGAACUGUCUUACAGAGAGAGGCAACCCAGAGGAACUGCUGAAGAAACACACGGAAUUCUUUGGACAGCUCGACCAGCGGAUUUUGAAUGCAUUCCUCAAGGCUUGUGAUGAGCUGACAGAUAUUUUGCCUGAGCAGGAGCAGCAGUCGCUGCAGGAAACAGUUCGAAAGCUGCACAAACACUGGAAGGAUAUACAGACAGACAUCCCCUUUCAUCUCCUGCACCUGAAGGUGGAGGGUGAGAGGAGCAAGCUGAUGAUGUCGUUGCAGGGCUGCCAGGCAGAACUGACCAGGGAAAAUCGGCACCUGGCUAACAUGGGGAGCGAGAGGCUCAUCAAGGAGCACAGGGCUUUCUUUAGGGAAAAGGGCCCUCAGUCCAUAUGUGAGAAAAGGCUACAGUUGAUGGAAGAACUCUGUCAAAAGCUACCUGAGGCUGACCCAGCUCACCAGAUUGUGGAAACGGCAAAAAGGGACUUCGCUGAGGUUCAGGAGGAAAUUGAGAACACUCAUCAGAAGCUCAUGCAGCACCAAGAUAAAUGGAAGGAGUAUGAUGCAAGGUACGCUGAACUCUCAUGCUGGCUUAUAUCUAAAGAAAGCCAACUGAGGCUGCUGAGAAACCGAGCCAGCGACCCCAGAAAAUAUAAUCAAGUGAAAGCUACCAUCACGGAGCUGAGAAAUGAUGCAGAGCUACAGGAGGGGAAUCUUGCUUGGCUGAAAGCCCGUAUGGCUGUAUUGAUUGAAAUCUGUGCGGAGAGCGAUGCCCAAAGGCAGGGAAGCACUCUAAGCAAACUCUCUGCUGAUUUUAAGGGUCUUCUUGCCUCUCUCUUUGAGGCUGAGAAGAUGGUGCUUGCAGUGGGGGACUGUGUGCAGUUCAGAGAGGAUGUACAGACUACUUUGGACGACCUGGUUCAGGGGCAGAAAGAAGCGCAGGCCGAGGCUACCAAAAUACUGGAUUGUUCUACUUCCAGAGAAGCCCAACAACUGCUGCUUGUUCAUCAGCAACAGCUAAAGCGCCUGAAGCUGAAAAGGAAGGAUGUCCAGCAGCUGAUCACCAGAGGCCAGCAGCUACAGUCUGAAGAGGGGCUGGGUGAGACUCUGCAGCAGGACCUGCAGAGUUUAGAAAACACUUUGAGCAAAAUGGAACAAAGUAUGGAUUCACAGGAGCAAAACCUUGAGGUUACUCUGGCCGCCUGGCAGGAGUUUGACAGUCAGCGGGAAGCAGUGCUUGAGUUUGUCAACAAAGCCCGCUCCACAAUAGAGAGAGAUCUUAACUUCAGCAGUCCAGAGAGCCUUGAUGUUGAACUGGACCAGGCUAACGUGAUGCUGAAGCAGUGUGAAGCAGAAGUCUUACACAUGAACACCUUGCUGAAAAGAGCAACAGAAAUCCAGCUUGGUGCAAAAAACAAAUCAUUGCUUCAACAACAAGCUUGCUCACUCAUUGAACAGGUGGACAAAGUAGAGACUGGCCUGAAGAAAGAGGUCAAAAAUCUGGAAGAGAUGAAAAAUCAGUGGGAUCGAUUUGGAACCGGAUUUGAAUCAUUUUCUUCAUGGAUAUCCGAAAAGGAGAAACAGCUAGAUGUUAUAAAAUCAUCUAAUUUGCCUCUUGAGGAGCAGAUCAAAGCACUUAAGGGUGUUGGAACAGAACUUCAAGAUCGAGCUGCGUUUUUUUCCCAGCUGGAGUCAGACUCCCAGGCACUGGCCCAGUUUGUUUCUUCGGGCGAGGCAGCUCGCAUUAAGGCCCGUCUGACCCAAAUUGGCAGGUACUGGGACGAGCUGAAGGAGAGUGUUCAGCAUCUUGAUGGGCAGCUAGAGGAAAGCUCUUCUCACCAGCAAAAGUUCAAACUGAACUUGAAUGAGGUACAAGCAUCUCUUUGUGAACUUCAUGCAAAGCUGGAGAAUCCAAUUAAAUCCUGCACAUCAUCAUCUGAGACUUACAAAGCCCUUCAGAACCACAUGGAUGUCUGUCAGUGUCUGGAGCAGCUAAAGGGCAACUUGCUGUCGCUGUCAGCAAGUGCCAGACGAAUCAGUGACAAGGAGCAUGCAGUGAGGGCUGUGACUGAGCUAAACACCAGCUAUGAGCAGGACCUGGAGGAGGCAAAGGACAAGCAGAGCACUUUGGAAAAUCUUCUUUCUAUGUGGCAAAAGUUUGAGAAGCAGCUGUCAAACUUUGUAUCCUGCCUGGAGAGAAGUGAAACUGCAUCCAAACCAGAAAGUCAGUGUCUAUCUGCUGACAAAGCCAGAAUACGCACUGAGAUGCAGGAUUUGCAAGCUCUGCAACUGGAGGUACAGUCCCUGAAGAAGGCUCAUGAUGUCUUGGCAUCUCUGGGAACAAUGUUAUAUCCAACAGCGCCGAAGGAAAACACUAUAAAGCUAAAAGAUGAGCUUAAGACUUUGCAGCAAAGGCUGCUUGUCCAACAGGAUGUCAUCCCUCAAAGGAUUACAGAGCUGCAGAGCCACAUUUCCUUGGUGGAGCAGUUUGACCAGGUUCUUCUUAAAUUCUCUGAGUGGAGUGAGACCACACUCUCUAAUAUGCAUACAGCUUCUCAGAUCAACAUUGCCAACCUACAGGGCUCUGUCACUCAAGUAAAGGAGACAAGGUUGGCCCUACAAAAGCAGUCCAGUGUGAAACAAAGCUUAGAGGAGCAGGCUGAGAAGCUCUGCAAGAUCUGUGAGCCUGCUGAUGCGCAGAUCCUCCAUAACAGAGUAGAAAGCUGUCUCCAGUCUUACCAUGAGGCUCAGCAUUUAGCUGAGCUGCAGUUAGAGUCCUUGGAAAAACUGCAGGCUUUCUUGCAGACCCACAGCGCGGUGGCAGGAGUGUUACAGGGUCUUAGACAGACUGUGGAGAGCGCUGGGAGCUGGGACCGUGGAAGGGUAGAGGAGCUGCAACAAGAACUUGGCACUUUUAUUCCUGAUAUUAAUGAGUUGGAGACUUCAGCUGUCAAUCUGGACAGCAGUCUUUGUAAAGGUCACCUCCACAUUGGUGUUGAAGAGGGUUCUCGUAAGUCAUGCCGCAUGCUGGCUGAUUCACUCAGUGCUGAGUUAGACACAGUAAGGAACUUGCUUGGUACGAAGCAAAGCGAAGCCGAGGCCCUGGGUGUUCUGUGGACGUCAUUUCGACAGCGAAAAGAGCAGCUGCUCAAGGCUGUGGAGGACAUUGAGGAAAAAGCUGACCACCAGACCUUCAAAGAUCCCAGCUUGCAUGGUCUGCAGCAACGACUCCGGUACUUUAACCAGUUAGAGGAUGAGCUGCAGUCACACCAGCAUGAAGAGCAGUGGCUUAGGGACAAGGGCAACCAGCUGGCCCAGAGAGACGCAGAGCUGGCUGGAGAGGUUUUGAGGGAAAUUAGUCUGCUGGAGACAACAUGGGAGGACACAAAGAAGCUCAUAACGGAGAGACAAGAACAAUGUAUUGUCCUUGCUGAGCUUACACGAGAAUACCAAACCCUGAAAACCACCAUCAGUGGCAUUAUUGAGAGUGCUGAACCUCUGCUGGACAUAAGCUCUGUUCUGAAGGAUUAUGAGGAAGCCAAGAGAUCACUAACCAAGCAUGAAUCACUAAAGACAGAGAUAGGCGGCAAGCAACAGGAGCUGGAUCAGUUUUCAGGCAAAGGAAAACAGCUCGUGAUUGAACUGAAGAAGAUCCCAGAGUGUGACAGUGAAAUGAUAAAGAAAGAUAUGGAGAAAACUGUUGAUCACUGGCUGGAUAUGUCUGAGAAAAUAGAUGACAACAUUGAUCGCCUCCAUCAUAGUUUGGAACUGUGGGGCGACGUGCGCAACCUAAGUCAGGACAUUGAGGGUUGGACAAGCAGUUGUGUGAUCGAACUGAAUGAAAUCCUUAACAAUUUCAGCAAUAGUCAGAAGGUGUCAGCAAGGCUCUCUGGGCUACAGGAAGAAAUUCGAGAGAAGGACCAGAAACUUGAUCUCCUCCAAAACAAAGUGUCCGAGCUGACUAAGAGCUGUCACAGUGAAGAAACUCCAGCUAAAUUGCAGGUGUUGGAGAAUGACCUACGGAAGAAGAUCAGCACUGUUCAGAUGCUACAUGAGCAAGUCCGAGGAAACCUCAGUGACUUCAGUUCUCAACGUAAACAGCUGGAAGACUACAUCUCACAGAUGUCUGCGUGGCUGAAAAGCAUGGAAGACUCUUUGGUUUCCUCUCCAACAGGAUCAGAUCCUGAGGACAUCUGCAGAGUAAAGGACCUUCAGAAAGAGCUUCAAAAUCAACAGGGAAGUAUAGAUUCGACCAGGGAGAGCCUAAACAACCUGUGCAGAAAAUAUCCCUCUGAGGAGCUGGCCAGCUUAGGAUCGUCUCUUACCGACCUCAUCAAGACUUAUGAGUCUGUGAACCAGCUUUCUGCGAGGACACUGAGCUCAUUACAAAACUGUCUUCAGCAACAGUUCAAUGACCUUGUCCAGGAGUUCCAUCACUGGCUUUCAGAGCAAAGGGAGAUUGUGAAAGAAUGCUCUGAUCGAUCCGGAGACACUCAAAUAGUGGAACGUAAACUGCAAAAACUCAAGGGCGCGAUGGAUCGCGUGGAGGAAGGUGAGAUACGACUAAAGCAGGUCUGUGAGGAAGGAGAGAAACUUCUUCUUCAUCUUCCCAAAGCCAGUGCUGGGCAAGUCCAGCAACACCUUUCAUCCAUCCAGCAGGACUGGGACAGCUUUGUGGAGCAGUGUAAACAGAACCAGCAGAUCCUUGAGGACAGUGCGUCCCUCAUGAAAGGGUUUGAGGGUCGCCUCAAGAAGCUCAGGUGGUGGUUGGAACACAUGGAAAACAGAAUGACUACAGAUCUACUUGAAGCGAAACAGCAUGGUUCUGAAAGAGCUUUGAUUGAACAAGUGGAGGAAUACCAGCAAGAAGUUCUCAAAGAAAGGGAUUCGUUUGAGCGUCUCUGUCAGGAAGGGCAAGCUCUGAACGAAGGCGGACGAGGGGACGGCAGCGAGACAAGAGUCUCAGCUCAUCUGCAGUCCCAGCACCAGGCCUUGUUGAGGUGUGUGAGGGAGAGGCUUCGCAGUUGCCAACUCACUUUACAAGAACAGCAAGCCUUUGAAGAGUCUCUGCACACUACCUGGGUCUGGCUUAAUGGGGUGCAGGAGCGUCUGACUUCACUUAAUAGCACUGUUGGCAAUAAAGAAACUCUAGAAAAAAGACAAGUACUCAUACAGGAUAUCCUGCUAAUGAAGGGUGAGGGUGAAGUGAAACUCAACAUGACCGUAGGAAAAGCAGAACAGGUUUUAAAACACAGUAGGAUUGAGGAGCAGGAAACAAUAUCUUCGCAGCUCCAGAACCUAAAGGAUGCAUGGGCCAAUAUGCUAAUGACUGCAAUAAGCUGCCACAGUCGCCUGGAGUGGACCGUUGCCCAGUGGACCACCUUUCAGGAAAAUAAGAGCCAACUGCAGCAGUGGAUGGAGUUUGUUGAGCAGGAGGUUGGGAUGACUCAGCCUCAGCAACCAGGCCUCAAAGAGAAGUGUGCCUUACUUGAACGAUUACGGGCCAUUCAAGCUGAUGUGGACACUCAUGCGGCAGCUUUGUCACACCUAAGUGAGAAAGCAGUGGAGAUGAAUGAAAAAACUGGUGACCAAACAUUUGGACCAGAGUCAAGGGCAGAGUUCCAUGCACACUUUGCUGAUAUAUCAGCUGUCAUCAAGGGCAAAGUGCAGUCCAUGCAAAAAAUCGUGUCUGAGCAUGAGCAGUACCUCGAUGCUGUAAGAGACUUCAACGACUGGCUGAUUUCAGCAAAAGAGGAACUUCAGCGCUGGUCUGACCUGUCAGGAGACUCAGUCAGCGUUAAAAGAAAGCUUUCCAAAAUACAGGAGCUCCUUGACUCUAAGCAGCGAGGCAGAGAGAGGCUGAACCGUGUUCAGAGAUAUGGGGCAGUGGCAAGAGAUUACACAGGUUCAGGAGGAUACGAGGCGAUGGAGCGAGAGGAAGCAGCACUCUUGUCAUCAUGGGAACAGUGGGAGCGUGCAGCUCUUCAGACACGUGCCAGUCUGGAGACGGUACUCUCACAGAUAUCCAGCUCUGAGCAGGAGUUCAGUAGUCUGUCAGCACAGCUGGAGCAGGAUCUACAGGAUUUCAGCCGUCAGCUGCAGGGUUGCCGACUUCGACUGGGCCAGGCAGAGAAGAAAAAUGAAGGAGAGGAAGCUGUUAAAGGCUGGCAAAUGGCAAAGGAGACUUUGGAUGAACUCAUCAAAGCUGAGGCUAUGUCUGAUCGUCUGAAGACUCAGCUCAAUGAUCUGUGCCGAUUCUCCAGAGAAAUGGCCACUCUGUCUGAAAGAGUGUCUGCACUUAUUAAGGACUAUAAUAGUUUGAGUCUUCAAGCCACCAGAGAGUGUCAGAGCAAAGAGAAAGUCCUGGAUCAAGGCUUCCGCUCAGCUUUCAGAGAAUUUCAACAAUGGUUGGUGAAUGCCAAGAUCAACACAGCCAAAUGCUUCGAUGCACCUCAAAAUCUCACUGAAGCCGCGUCUAGUUUCCAGAAGAUUCAGGAGUUUCUCAAUGACAAAGAGCAAGGUCAGUCAAAGCUGAAUGCCGUGAUUGUAAAUGGAGAGCUUGUCUGUAGCAUCGCAGCUAAAGACAAAACAGACGCAAUUCGGGGUAAAAUGAACAGUGCCAGAGAAGACUGGAAGAACAUCAUGUCCACUCUGCACAACAGAGAGACAGGCUUACAAAACCUCAUAUUACAGAUGAAGGAAUUUGAGGCAAGUGCAGAUCCUCUUCAGGAAUGCUUGAAUGCCACAGAGCUGGCUGUGCAGGAGAGUAGCACACGACUUCAUGAUCUCAUAGCAAAGAAGCUGGAGCUUCAUAAGCUACAGUCUGUGCUUGAAGACUUAGCUUCUCACGAAGUUCAGCUGAACAAGCUGAAAGAGAAGGCCCAGCUGUUGUGGGAUGAACACUCGGCCGGAAAGGGCUUUGUGCACCGUGUCUCGCAGCUCUCUUCUCAGUGCCUAGCUUUAACCAACCUUACUAAGGAAAAGGCAUCCCGCAUCGAUCGGAUCGUUACAGAGCACCAGCUCUUCUCCCGAGGGUUAGAUGAGCUGCAGAACUGGGUGGCUGACACCAGCCACAUGCUGCAGACUUACAGCGCUCCAACGGCUGACAAAAGUGUUCUUGAUAGCAGAAUGAUCAAGCUGGAGGCCUUGCUGACUGCUCGCCAGGAGAAGGAGAUCCAGCUGAAGAUGUUGGUCACAAGAGGAGAGUCAGUGCAGAGAAACACCUCAGCUGAAGGAGUGCCACUAAUCCAAAAACAAAUACAGGAGCUAAAAGACUCCUGGGAUGCCCUGCUCUCUGCUGCGAUUCUUUGCAAAAGUCAGCUGGAAGGCUCGUUGUCCCAGUGGACGAGUUACCAAGAGGACGUCUGCCAGUUUCUGACUUGGAUUGAGCAUGUAGAGGAAAGUCUUGAUGUCACUGAUAAGCAGUGCCCAGAGAUGAGAGACAAAACUGCUAAUUUAAGCAAAGCAAAGUUGCUGUAUGAGGAAGUGCUCAGCCACAACACCCUGCUGGACACCAUUCAAGCAAAAAGUGCCAGAAUCACUGAAAACUAUGUCGCUCAACUGGAGCUCCAAGAACUUCAGGAGCGAUAUAAGACUGUCAAAGACAAUGCUAUGAGGGCAGUUGGCAAAGCUGAGGAACUGGUGAAAGCUCACCAAGAGUAUCAAUGGGACCUUUAUUCAUUUGAGGAGUGGCUGAAGCAAGAAGAGGAGAAGCUCAGCUGCUACACCCAGCUUGAGGGAGAUGUCGAUAUGCUGGAGGAUACCCUCCAAAAGCUGCAGGAACUGCAGCUGCACUGUACUGAAGGCCAGGCCUUGCUGAACACCUUGUUGCUGAGUCGUGAGCUGGUCGUCCCCUGGGGUCUACCUCAGAUAGAGGACCGAGCACUUGAGACUCUCCAGCAGGAGUGGAGGCUCUAUCAGGCUCAGCUGGCUGACACCCGCGCUCAGCUGAACAGCGCCCUGGCUAAACUUCGACAGAUGGAGCAGAAGUUUCAGCGUCUUGACAGUUGGCUGAAAGGCAUGGAAACCAAAGCUCAACUGCGUUCUAAUCGGCGGUCUGACCGCGCCACUAAAAGUGCUCAAUUACAGAUGGUGAAGAGCUGGCAGGAAGAGGUGGUUGUUUAUCAAGAGGAAAUGGAGGGCCUUACUCUUUUGGCUCAGCAGGUUCUGGAUGAAACCCACAUUAGCAGCCGGAUCAGUACCAGAGCCACCCAAAUCACAGCCCGCUACCAUGCACUGCUCCUGCAUUUAUUGGAGACAAUCAAACAGCUCCAAGAGGAGGUGUCUUCAAUUGAAGAAGCACAGUGUGUUUUCACCACCUUCUCAGGGUGGCUCAGCACAGCUCAGAAUAACUUCAGCACUGUAGCUAUUAGUGUUGAUGUAGUUGAUCGCUUUGCUUUAGAGAGAAAGAUGAAGAAACUUGAGGCUCUUCAGGGUGACAUGGAGCAGGGUCACACUUACCUGAAGGCAAUGAGGGAAAAGACAGAGCAGGCAAUGGCUUUCCUGGAAGAGCCUGAGGCAGAUCAGCUCAGGGAGGAGGUGGACAUUCAACUCUUUCAACUUGAGGAGUUAACAACUUCUCUACGCACCGAGCAUAGCUCCCUUGAGAAAUACAUCUCACUCUCCAAAGACUUCAUGGAUAAAUAUAAAGCCCAGGCCCAGUGGGUGAAGGAGACAAAGAACUUUUUAGCAUCAAGUUUGGAACCAAAAGCUGAACUCUACCAGAAAAAGGCUCAGUUGGCAAAAUAUAAGACUGUUCAACAGACUGUAGAAUCCCAUGAGCCAGCUGUGAAAUGUGUCAUUGAGAAAGGAGAGGCUCUACUCAAUUCGUUUAACGACCCCAUCAUCAGCGAGAACAUGAAGAAGUUACUGGUUGACUAUCAAGACCUUUGUUUGGUGGCCAAGACACAUGUGCAGAGCCUUGUGGAGUGGGUGAAAGAACACGAAGAUUACAACAGUGAGCUGCAGGAAGUUGAGAAAUGGUUGUUACAGAUGUCCAGUAGGCUUGUGACCUCAGACUCAAUGCAAACUGGAAACAUGGAGAUGGCUACUCAGCAACUUGCCCGACACAAGGCCAUAAUGGAGGAAAUAGCAAGUUUUGAGGAGCGCCUUACCAGCUUGAAGCAAAAAGGAGAAGGUCUUAUUGCCGGCUGUACAGAUCAAGCUCAAGUUCAAGCUAAGAUCAGUCAACAAGUGCAGGCCCACCUACAGGGAACAGGAGACAGCUUCUCUGCUAUCUGCAGCACUGCCCAACGUGUCUACCAGAGUCUGGACCGGGAGUUGCAGAAAUAUGUUAGUCAUCAAGAUACUCUGCAACAGUGCCAAACCUGGCUCUUGACUGUACAAGAAGAGCUUCAGCUCAAUGAUCAGGGACCAACGGGCCUACAGGAAGCUCUGAAGCAGGUGAAGCACUAUAGAGCCCUUCAGGAGCAAGCCAGCACCUAUCUGGAGCUGGUGUGUUCUGUGUGUGACCUGUCUCAUGAUGCUGUGAGAGUUGCAGCUGCUGAAGUCCAGCAGAUAAAACUCACGAUAGAGGAAAGGAUGUCUAAUGCACACGAGCUUUCAGAAAGCUGGAGAGAGAUCAAAGAUCAGAAACAGGAUCUAACAAGCUUGUUCCAGGACAUGGAGCAGCAGCUUCUCAGCCUCUCCAGGAGACCAGCAGAGCUGGAGACUAAGAUUGCUCAAAACAUGUUGUUACAAGCCAAGGACUGCUGCCAGCAAUUGCAAUCUAAACAGACUACCCUCACUAAAAUGACCGAGACUGUGAGCAGACUGAUUGGUGGCCAGGACACUUCAGAACACGCAGACCUUGAUCGUCUUAGCCAUUCCUGGCUUGAGCUCUGCCACCAGGCAAACAAGCUGCAGACCCAAAGAGAGGAGGAUCUGCAGAGAUCCAAAGAUUACCAUGUCUGCAUCACUGCAGUGGAGGAGCUGUUUGAGCAGGUGUCGAAAGAGUGGGACAAUCUGGCAAGAACGGACGCUGAAAGUUCAUCUCAGCAUUUGGAGGCAUUAAGAAAACUUGCUGUGACUCUAGAACAACAAAAAGGAGCCCUUGAAGACCUUAAAGAGCAGAAACAGAAAGUAAUCCAACACUUGAACUUAGAUGAUAAAGAACUAGUAAAAGAGCAAAUCAGUCACUUUGAACAUCGAUGGUCUCAGAUGCAACACCUAAUCGAGAGAAAAAUACAGGACUCCAUGGUGACCCUUGAGGACAUGGGUCAAGUGGAGGCUCGCCUGAGAGAGGCUCGGGAUUGGGCGGAGGAGCAGCAGCCUGCCCUGUCUGAAGCCAUGAAAAUGAGCCCGCCGCCUGAACUGGCUCAGAGUUUCCUGUUUGACCACCUGAGCAUCUGCAGUGAACUCGAGGCAAAGCAGCUCCUCCUGGCUCAGGCCAUGGCUGACGCUGACAGGGUGCUUCCACGGUUGGGUCUUAGCGAACGGCAGCAUCUGCAGCUGCUGAUUUCCGACACACAGUCAGAAGUGGAGUCUCUCAGUGUCAAAGUUGUACAGCGAAGAAAACACCUCAGCAAGGCUUUUACAGAGAGGACACAGUUCCUAAUGGCUGUCAAUCAGUCAAUUUCCUGGGUUCAGCAGAAUGAGAAGAAGACCCAGGCAGAGGAAUAUAUUGCUUUAUUACCUGAUGACCUAGCUAAGCAGGUACGAACGUGCAGGAACAUUCAAAGCAGCCUGAAAGCCUAUCAGAGCGAACUUACCUCCCUGUGGUCUCAGGGGAGAGACCUAAUGAGGGAAGCCAGCGAGGAGGAAAGGAAUGAGAUUCUUACAAAGUUGCAGGAGUUACAAAAUAUCUUUGACAGAACUCUGCACAGAUGUGGCCAGAAACUCCAGGAGCUUGAAAAAGUACUUGUCUCGAGAAAGUAUUUUAAGACUGACUUAGAGAAAAUUUGCCAAUGGUUGAAGCAAGCUGAUAUUAUCACCUUUCCUGAAAUAAACUUGAUGGUGGGAGAUGCUGAACUGCAAGCACAGCUACUCAAGUACCAACAGAUAAUCGAGCAGGCGUUUGAGUAUGAGAAUCUUCUCCUAAUUGUACAGAGAGCAGGCCAAGAGAUACUGCCCACUCUGAAUGAAGUAGAUCACUGCUAUUUGGAUGAAAAACUCAACACUCUCCCUCAACAGUACAACAGCAUACUAGCUCUAGCCAAAGAGAAGCAGGAGAAAAUCCAGCAGGCUAUUCUCACCAGGAAUGAAUAUACGUCUUUCAUAGACGUCACUCACAGAGCGCUUAAGGAACUUGAGGACCAGUUCAAUAAUUUGGGGACUCAACCCGUAGGCUUGCAAACAGAGGAGGUUGUCAAUUUGCAGAGCGAUUACAAAGCAAUUCUGGCAGAUCUCGGCAACCUGGGUCUGGCUGUAAGUGAGCUGAAUCAGAAGAAAGAGGGAUUCCGUAGCACAGGGCAACCUUGGCGCCCAGAAGAAAUGACCCUGCUUGUGAGCUUGUAUAAUGGACUGAAGAGGUUGGUUGAACAGAAAGUUGAGCAUCUGGAUGAAACUUUAGAAUCUUUCGAGGACCACAAGGCAAUGGCUAUGCAGGUUGACUCUGAGUUGAAGGCUACAAAAGAGCAGCUUGUAAAGGUGAAUGCAGAAACUCAGUCUGCCGAAGAGAGGCUGAAGAACUACCACGCUCUGGCAGGAAGCCUCCAAAGCGCCAACUCCCACUUAUCACGGCUAAUGGAGCAGAUGGACUCUCUUGCGCCCCGUGUGGACCAAGCAGCUCAUGACGCCUCUAAAGAGCAAGUGAUUUUGUGGCAGGAAGAGCUACGAUCCCUGCAGGCUGCAGUCGGCGAACUGAUUGAAGAAUGCGAGAACAGGUUUAUCCAAAGCAUAGACUUUGAGACAGAGAUGAAGAGGACUCUGGAUUGGCUGCAGCAGAUCAGGGAUGAGCUCAGCUGUGCUGUAAUUGUCGAUGUUAGAGUAGAGAAAGUGCAGGAGGAGAUCAGAAAACAGCAAAUUUUGCAGGAGGAAGUCCAGUCCAGUCUCAGAAUAGUGGCUGCUCUCAGUAGCCAAGAGAAACAGGAGUAUAUUAGUGCCAAUGAACUGGUCCCCGCACAUGUUGAUAUGAGCCUUGAAGAAAUGGCAAAACUACAAGCAGAUGUCCAAAAAGCACUGAGUGCUAAACAGAUUACUUUGGAGGAAGCCUUGGUACUGUGUCAGAAGUACCACUUCAGGAUGCAGUCAGCCUGUGAAUGGCUGGAGGACGCCGUCUCUUUCCUUCAACAAGCUAGCUUGGGAGUGGACGUUGAGAACUACGAGGAGUGUCUACGGCAGCAGGCGGACAUCAUGUCAACAGAACAGGAGUUUCUCAUCCAUCUGGAGGAGCUGCAGACCCUCCUUCCUCAGCUGGAAAACCUGGUGAACCCCACAGCUAAAGAGCAGCUAAGAGUGAGCAUGGAGUCAGCAAAGCAGAGAGGGGUAGAGGUUCGGGAUCAGCUCCAGUGUCACCAAGAUGUCCUGCACAGCUGUGUGGCCCAGUGGAAGUCAUUCCAGGAAGCAAGACAGACUGUCAUUGAGCUAAUGAAUGAGUCCGAAAAGAAGCUGACAGAGUUUUCUACAGCAAAGGCUGCCACAAACCAAGAGGCUGAAGACAAGCUAUGUAGUCAUAGGUCCUUUGUAUCACUUGUGAACGGGUUCCAAGAGAAGCUUAGUGGUUUAGAGGAACAAGCUGCUCAGCUGGAGCUGGUGGGCAGUGACGCCAGCAAGGCCACCAUCAGUCGCUCCAUGACCACCGUGUGGCAGCGUUGGACACGGCUGCGCAGCGUGGCAAGGGGACAGGAACGAGUACUUGAGGACACAGCACAGGAGUGGAGGACGUUCAGAGAAAAGAUGAUGAAAGUUAGAGCUGUCUGUGAUGAGCUCCAAAGCCGUUUCCCUGAUAGCGCUGUGGAGAAGGCUUCCAAAGCCACUCUGCAGUCCCUGUUGGAUCAGCAUGACCUGCUGAGCCAGGACCUGGAGCGAGAACUCUCGUCCCUCAUGCUGUUGCGCCAGUAUGCCCUCAGUCUGCUGCAUGAUGUGGAGGUCCCUUCACCAACAGCAGAUCAAGAUGAGCUGCCUAGCUUAAGGGAGAUCAGAGUUGUCCAAGACCAAAUGGAAAGCCUUUUAUCCCAGUCCAGGACCAAGCGAGCUCAGGCAGCUCAGGAGCUAAGGGAGAGAGAAGAAGUGGAGAAGGAGCUUGGUGUGGUGAAAGCCUGGAUCCAGGAGACCAGAGAGCUUCUUCUCAACCCUACACCAGAUAUUGAUUCUCUGUUGCAGGAACUUGAGAUUGUACAUGGGGAAGUAAUUAAUUAUCGCCAGAAUGUGGAUAAGUUAGCUGAACAACAGCAAAGCAAGUAUCUGGACCUUUACACCAUACUCCCUUCUGAAAUCUCCAUGCAACUAGCUGAGGUCUCUCUUGCACUGGGGGCUAUUGAAGAUCAGGUUCUAUGCAAAGAGAGAGAAUAUCAGAGAACUAGAGAAAUAAAGGAGGACUUCAGCUCCAGAAUCCAUGCCAUGUCAGAGAAACUGAAGACAAUCUCAAAUAAGUUCAAAGAGAAAUCUCCUGAUGUUGACCAUGCCAAAGAAGAGGUCAAGAGUCUCUUUGAAGAUUUGGACUCCUGUGGUCGCACCUUAUCGGAGCUGGAUACUUCUGUACAAGAGUUUGGCCGCAGAAACCCCCUACUGGCCAAACAGCUCAGUGAUGCAAUAAACAAAUUAUCAGAGAUGCAUCACCAUACAACUCGACUAGCAGAUUGUAGAAACAACUGGCUAAAAAAGGCUGUUUGCUAUUUAGAUGAGUAUAAUGAGAUGCUGGACUUCAUUGUGAGGUGGUCAGAGAAGGCUAAAAGCCUGGUGAGGGCCAACAUCAUCUGGAACUCCUCUGUUCACCUACAGGAGCAAAUACGGUUGUAUCAGGCUGUCUUCCGUGAGUCCCGAGAGCUUCACAGUGACCUGGAGUCUAUGGCAGAGAAAGUAGACCUUCUGUCUGAGGUGCUACAGGUUGAGUCCAUGAGCCAGGAGGUUUGUGAACUCAGUAGACACACUGAUGAGCUCCAACAAAGUAUCAAGACUCAAUUGCAGAGCCUCCAAGAUGCACACAAGAGCAUGGAAGCACUGGAGUUUGAAGUCAAAGCCCUACAUGUUGCUCUGGAGCAGGUCCAAGCCACACUGACAUCACCAGAGUUAGCACGACAGAGCCUCAAAGAACAACUUACUCAGAGACAGCGCCUACUGGCUGACAUGGAGAGCUUCAAGCAGCAGGUGCAGGCAGUGCAGCUAUGUCAGAGUGCCCUCCAGGUCCCGGAGGAAGUGAUGCCCAACCUUGCUAUCUGUCGCACAGCUCUCCGUCUGCAGCAAGAAGCUAGUCAGCUGCAACAUGUGGCGAUACAGCAAUGCAACAUACUACAGGAAGCAGUAGUUCAGUAUGAGCAAUAUGAACACGAGGUGAAAGAUCUGCAGGGACUGAUAGAGGAAGCUCAUCGGGUCAUUCAGGACCGACCAAUCCCCACCAGUAACAUUCAGGAGCUGCAAGCCCAGAUUCUGCACCAUGAGGAACUUGCUCAGCGGAUCAAGGGCUACCAGGAGCAAAUUGCUUCACUGAAUUCAAAAUGCAAAAUGCUGGCAGUGAAGGCCAAGCAUGCCACCAUGCUGCUGACUGUGAGUGAUGUAGAAGGACUUCCUGAGGGGCUGGAGGAAAUGGAUGAAGAACAAUCCAGGAAAUCUUCAGGACAAUCUAUCAUUAUGACAGCUGGUCGUUGUCACACUCUGUUAUCACCUGUUACUGAAGAGUCUGGGGAGGAGGGCACCAACAGUGAGGUGUCCUCCUCUCCUUUGUGUUGCUCUCCUUCUCCUGUCGCUCACACUGAAGGCCCUAUCACCAAGAUUGGACGUGGAACCCUCACAAGAGCUCCAGUUCAGGAAUUAUAUGAUCCAACAUUUGAGUCUGUGGCAAACCUAGAUGACCUACAGCGCUCAUGGGAGACUUUAAAGAACGUGAUAAGUGAGAAGCAGAGAUCCUUGUAUGAAGCUUUGGAAAAACAGCAGCAUUACCAAGGUUCGCUCCAGUCGAUCUCCUCUAAAAUGGAAACAUUGGAGUCCAAGCUCAUUGAACCUUUGGAGGCAGACAAAAGCCCAGAUAGCCACAUGAAGGCACAUGAGGAUCUCAUCCAGGAGAUUCAGAGUGUCCAGGGAGAUAUUGAUAGACUGCAGGCAGGCUUCACAGAGGACAUUGCUGCUGAUGCUGUGGACUCGGAUUUGGCUGACCACCUUGCCAUGCAGUCUUCACUCACUGUGUUGGCUGAGAGGAUGGCCACCAUCCGUAUGAAAGCUUCAGGAAAGCAACAACUACUGGAGGAGCAUGCCACUGACAGUCUGGAGGUUCAGCAUCAGGAACAAGCUUUAGAGACCUAUCACACGGAGGCAGAUGAACUUGAUCAGUGGCUGUCAAGAAUGCACGGUGCUGCAAUGUGCAUCAUUAACACUAGACCUGCAGAGGAGACGGAUGAAAAGCAUCAGUUCACAGAAUGCCAGAACAUGCUGCUGGAGAUUGAAGAAAAAGUGCUGGCCCUCACAGAGCUGUCAGUGCGCAGCGAGAACCUGCUGCGGGAGGGCCGAACAGAGACCAGAGCAGAGGCUGAGCAGUUGGCUGCAAGGUUACGCACGUUAAAGGGUGGUUUACUAGAGCUACAGAGAAUGCUACAAGACAAACAGCUUAACAUCCAGGGUUCUCUGCAAGAGCCAGAAGAUAGUGAAUCAGACUCCAGUCUCUCUUCGAGUCCCAGUGUGCAGGACUGGCUGGCCCAGGCACGGACCACACGGACACAACAUCAUGAAGACAGUCUGCAGAGACAGAAGGAGCUGGAGGAGCAGCUUGCAGAGCAGAAAAAGUUGCUUCAGUCAGUUGCUAGCAGAGGGGAGGAAAUUCUCAUCCAGCAGGCAUCACCCAGUAGUGCCAGCACAACAGAACCAUUCUCACCUGCAGCUUUGUCUGAGAGCAGGCAAGACCAGAUGAGGCAGAGAUGGGAAAGCCUCAGACUUGAGCUCAAAACAAAAUUGCAGCUUUUACAAAAAACCCUGGAUCAGGACCAAAAGCAGCCGGUGUUUUCUAGAGCUACUCGUGUAACAUCAGGAGGGCCACUGUUUAAAGGAGACAUCGAACCUGAUAACCCCUCUCUGAAAACUCUUUAUGACAGCUUCAGACAGACAGUUGAAGACAUGACCACUCAGUCUGGUGGGGGAGGUGAAACACAGGUGGUUCAGAUGGAGCAACAGCUCUUCACGGCUGUGUCAACCACGUCCUCCUGGCUGGAUGGUGUUGAGAAUAACGUCUUCUCUGGAUCAGUGCUCAUGGCUGAAAAUGCAGAGACCCAGUUACAGAAUCAAGAGAUCCUGGAAAAUGAUGUGAGACACGUGACAGAAGAGGUAAAGCUCAGCCAGGCUCUACUAGUUGGUUCUUCAGGGUUGAAACAUGAAGACCGAGCGCUGCUGGAAGACAAUCUGGACUGCCUCAAAGAGAGAUUAGGAACUCUUGGUAGUGCUCUGGGUCAACGGCUUGAUUACAUGAGGACCAGAACACAUGAGCUCACUGCCUACCAGACUGAGCUGCAGCUUCUCCAAACUGCUUUAAUUGAGACCAAAUGCCAGAUCCUUCAAGCCCUCGCUGGAGCAAUGGAUCAACCAGCUUCAAGACAAAUGGAGGUCAUUGCCAGUGCAGAAGAUACCUUAAAAGACUUGGAGCAGAGAAUCAUAGAGUUCAAAACCAGAGGAGCAGGACUGCAGACAGAUCAGAUUUCAGCAAACAAAUUGUUUAAACUCCAGGAUUCAUAUGAGGAGCUACUGAUGACAGUGGGUUCGAGACGCAGUGGACUGAACCAAAACAUUGCUCUGAAGGAGCAGUAUGAGCGUGCUCUGCAGGACUUGACUGACCUUGUUGACACAGCUAAAGACAAAAUGGCGGCUGAUCAGAGAAUUGUUGCGAGCUCUGUGCAGGAGGUUCAAAAUCAUCUUGACAAGCAUAAGGAGUUUUUCCAGGGUCUAGAAUCCCACAUGAUCCUAACAGAAACAUACUUUAGAAAGAUCAGUUGCCUGAUGCUUCCCAAAGAAAACCAGACCUUGGAGGAAACGCUUGCUGAGGCUCGGAGUGUCUUGAAAGAAGCACACAGUAAAGGAGUUGAACUGGAAAGUAUCCUGGAGACUUGGUGCCAUUUAGUGCAGGACUACCAGAAUCUAAACCGGCAACUAGAAGCAGUUGAAGGAAGUAUUCCCUCUGUUGGCCUUGUGGAAGAAACUGAAGACAGAUUAAUGGACAGAAUCUCGUUGUAUCAGGGUCUAAAGGGGAGACUGACAGAGCACCAGCACAAGCUCCACCAGGUGCUGGAUGAUGGGAGACAGCUGUCACAGUCAGUUUCCUGUCCCGCACUGGAGAAUCAGCUGGCACUGUUAGGGGAACACUGGCUUAGCAACACAGCCAAGGUCAACAAGGAACUGCAACGCCUAGAGGCAAUCUUAAAACACUGGACCAGGUAUCAAAAGGAGUGUAUGGAGAUUAGCGAGUGGCUUCAAUCUGCUCUGGAGCGUCUGGAGUUUUGGAGUUCGCAGGCCAUGUUAGUCCCACAGGAGCUGGAAACCGUCAGGGACCAUCUAGCUGCUUUUCUUGAGUUUUCAAAAGAGGUGGAAGGAAAGUCAAGCCUUAAGAGCUCAGUAGUCUCAGAGGGAAACCAGCUGCUGCGACUAAAGAAAGUGGACACAGUGGCGCUGCGUUCUGAUUUGGCUCGCAUUGACAGUCAGUGGGCUGAGCUUCUCACACGCAUCCCAGUGGUUCAGGAGAAACUGCAUCAGAUCCAGAUGGAGAAGUUGGCCUCCCGUCAUGCCAUUUCUGAGCUAUGUAACUGGAUAUCACUGAUGGAGAGUGUGAUUGAGGAGGAUGAAGAAAACCUCAAGAGUGCUGUUGGAUCAAAUGUGAUUCAAGACUACUUGCAAAAAUAUAAGGGAUUCCGAGUAGAUUUAAGCUGUAAGCAGCUGACUGUGGACUUUGUCAACCAGUCAGUUCUACAGAUCGGUGGUCAGGAUGUUGAGAGCAAGCGCAGCGACAAAACCGACUUUGCUGAGCGUCUGGGAGCCAUGAACCGACGCUGGCAGAUCCUACAAGGCUGCAUCAAUGAGAAGAUCCAGUUCCUUGAGAACCUUUUAAAGAUGUGGCUGGAGUAUGAGAGCAGCGUUCAGAUCCUCAAGUCCUGGAUGACAUUUCAAGAAGAACGGUUAAAGAGGAAACACCGAAUAGAAGAUUUGACCUCUGUGCAGAAUGCUCUCAAAGACUGCCAGGAAAUGGAAGAGCUGCUGAAAGAAAAAGAGAAAGAACUGGAAAGAGUAGAGGAACAGGGCUGUGCUCUUGUCCAGAACAAGACAGAUGAGGCCUGUGCUAUCGUCAUGGAGACCCUCCAAAGUGUCAAUCACACCUGGGCCAAUCUGGACCACUUGAUAGGACAACUUAAGAUUAGCCUGACUUCAGUGCUGGAUCAGUGGACUCUAUACAAACGGGCUUCAGAGGAAAUCAAUGGCUAUCUGAUGGAAGGAAGAUACUCUGUAUCCCGUUUCCGCCUCCUUACGGGCUCCCUGGAGGCUGUUCAGCUGCAAGUGCAAAGUUUGCAGGAUCUGCAAGAAGAACUGGAGAAACAGGAAAGCAGUCUGAGAAAGUUUGGUGCUGUGACGCACCAACUUCUCAGGGAGUGUCACCCCUCAGUGUCAGAUUCCCUCAACAAUGCCCUCAAGGAUCUCAAUGCAAGAUGGACUGGCCUACUGGAGGAGAUAGCAGAGCGUCUUAAGAGCAGUAAAGCCCUCCUUCAGCUAUGGCAGCGCUACAAAGAACUUCAUGAGCAAAGCUGUAGCAGCAUUCAACUUCAAGAGGAAAAAGCAGACCAGCUCCUGAAGAGCACCUGCAGAAAGGACAUUGCUGAUGAGGAGGUUUCCAACUGGAUCCGAGAAUGCAGUGAGUUGCUGCGAUCACAAGUCCCAGUGCAGUCCUCCCUUCAGAUUCUCCAAGAACUGGGAGAGCAGCUUAAACAGCAGGUGGACACCUCAGCAGCAUCUGCCAUCCAGUCAGACUACCUCUCUCUCGCCCAGCGCCUGGCAGGGGUGGAACAGGUCCUCAACAGACAGCUCACCGCCUUGCAGACAGGAGUUCAGGACUAUGAAACCUUUAAUAAACAACUGGAAUCUUUGGACUGCUGGUUAGUUGAAGCUGAGGAGGCUUUGAGAGCACAAGAUCCCAACGGCUGCACUGACCUGACAGACAUCCAGGACCGCAUGGAGGAGCUCAAGAAGCUCAUGCUAAAAUUUAGCAGCAUGACCCCUGAGUUAGAGCAUCUUAAUGAGCUUGGUUAUCGGCUCCCUCUCAAUGAUUCGGAGAUCAAACGCAUGCAGAACAUCAAUAGAAGCUGGUCAACAGCUUCAGCACAGACCACAGAGAGAUUCAGCAAGCUUCAGUCAUUCCUGCUGCAGCAGCAGACCUUCCUUGAAAAAUGUGAAACAUGGAUGGACUUCCUGCUACAAACAGAAGAAAACCUGGCUGUGGAAAUUUCCGGGAACUAUCAGAGCUUAAUAGAUCAGCAAAAAGCCCAUGAGUUAUUCCAAGCUGAAAUGUUCAGCCGCCAGCAGAUCCUCCACUCUAUCAUCAGUGAUGGACAGAGGAUGUUGGAGCAAGGUCAAGUAGAUGACAGAGAUGAGUUCAACAUGAAGCUGACUCUCCUGAGUAACCAGUGGCAGGGCGUGGUGCGACGUGCUCAGCAGAGGCGGGGGAUCAUCGAUGGUCUCAUUCGUCAGUGGCAACGUUACAGAGAAAUGGUGGAGAAGCUGCGCAAAUGGCUUUUGGAGGUCUCCCAUCCUGUAGAGGUGCUUCAGGCAGGAAAUACAAUUCCUCUACAACAAGCUCGCUCCAUGCUUGAUGCUGUCCAGCUGAUGGAAAAGGUGCUGCAGCGUCAGCAGGGCAGCUACAUCUUGACGAUAGAGGCUGGUAGGCAACUACUCCUGUCAGCAGAUGGCCGAGCAGAGGUGACCCUGCAGACAGAGCUGACAGAUAUCCAGGACAGAUGGAAACAAGCCAGCACGUGCCUAGAAGAACAGAAGAAAGAGCUGAGCUUACUUCUAAAGGACUGGGAAAGGUGUGAGAGGGGGAUUGGAGGAUCACUUGAAAAACUCCGAGCCUUUAAACGGCAGCUUUCUCAACCUCUUCCUGAUCACCACGAAGAUCUCCAAGCUGAGCAGAUGCGCUGCAAGGAUUUAGAGAACACAUUUGAAGGCUGGACAGGAGAUUUGGCUCAUCUGACUCUGCUGAGAGAGUCUUUGUCUUGUUAUAUCACCGCAGAGGAUCUUUCUGUUCUGCAGGAGCGUAUUGAACUUCUGCAUCGACAAUGGGAUGAAAUCUGCCACCAACUUUCCCUGCGCAGGCAGCAGGUGAGCGAGAAGCUGAAUGAGUGGACUGUUUUCACCGAGAAGUACAAGGAGCUCUGUGAGUGGCUCACCAACAUGGAGAGCAAGGUGGCCCAAAAUGGAGACAUCAGCAUUGAGGAGAUGAUUGAAAAGCUCCGCAAGGAUUACCAGGAGGAGAUCACAGUUGCAGAGGAUAAUAAGCGGCAUUUACAUCAGCUUGGAGAGCGCCUGGCCAAGGCCAGUCAUCAGACCAAAGCCAUUGAAAUCGAACAGAAACUCAACAAUGUCAGCAACCGCUGGCAACAUCUCUUGGAUCUCAUUGGAGCUAGAGUGAAGAAGCUGAAGGAAACUUUGGUCGCUGUGCAGCAGCUGGAUAAAAACAUGAGCAGCCUGCGCUCUUGGCUCGCCCACAUUGAGGCAGAGCUGUCUAAACCCAUUGCCUAUGACUCCUGUGACUUCCAAGAGAUUCAAAGGAAGCUCGAUCAGCAGCAGGAGCUUCAGCGUGAUAUAGAGAAGCACAGUACCGGAGUUGCAUCAGUGCUGAAUUUAUGUGAGGUACUCCUGCAUGACUGUGAUGCUUGUGCCACUGAUGCGGAGUGCGACUCAAUCCAUCAGGCAACACGUAGCCUUGAUCGCCGCUGGAGGAGCAUCUGUGCCUUGUCCAUGGAGAGGAGACUAAGGAUUGAGGAGACGUGGCGUUUAUGGCAGAAAUUUCUAGAAGACUUUGCUCGUUUUGAGGAGUGGUUGGCCACUUCAGAGAAAACUGCAGCUUUGCCCAACUCAUCUGGUGUGCUGUACACAGUAGCCAAGGAGGAACUGAAGAAAUUUGAGACCUUCCAGAGACAAGUUCAUGAAAGCCUGACCCAGCUGGAAAUAAUCAACAAGCAAUAUCGCCGCCUAGCGAGAGAAAACCGCACCGAUGCCUCGUGUCGUCUGAGGGAAAUGGCUCACGAUGCUAACCAGCGAUGGGACAACCUGCAGAAAAGGGUGGCAUCCAUCCUUCGCAGGCUAAAGCACUUUAUAAUGCAGAGAGAGGAGUUUGAAACGGCGAGAGAUGGCAUCUUAGUUUGGUUAACAGAGAUGGACCUUCAGCUUACCAACAUUGAGCACUUCUCAGAGUGCGACAUUCAAGCUAAGAUCAAACAACUCAGGUCGUUCCAGCAGGAGAUUUCUCUGACAACAGCCAAGAUUGAGCACAUCUUCCACCAGGGGGAGGCACUGAUAGAGAAAAGCGAGCCCCUGGAUGCAGCUGUCAUAGAGGAAGAACUGGAAGAGCUUCAGCGCUACUGUCAGGAAGUGUUUGGGCGAGUCAAGCGCUACUACAAAAAGCUAAUUCGUCUUCCACUUGCAGAUGAUGAUACUGAAGUGUCAUUCUCGGAUCGUGAGCUUGAGCUGGACGAAUCUGGAGAUUUGUCCAGCCUACCAUGGAAUGAACGUUUGGGGGAUGGUUUCCUUUCCCCUCUGCCCUCCUCUGGGCGCUCAGCCUCCCUGGCAGCUCAGUUUCGGGCCGAACCCUCUGGCAGGGACACACCUGCAAGUGUGGACUCCAUCCCCCUUGAGUGGGACCAUGACUAUGACCUGAGCCGUGGCCUUGAGAGUGCCAGCAGAGUCCUCAGAGAGCAACAGAGUGAAGAGGGUGACUUUCUACAGCGCCCGGCCUCUGGCUUGUCAGAUGUAAUGAUUCCAGAGAGCCCUGAGGCCUAUGUUAAACUAACAGAACAAACACUGAGGUCCUCCACUGGAGCGGCUGCCUCAGCAGAUUCUCAUAUGCAUCCUCUUGAUGUCAGUCGUUCCCACCUGCAGCAAAUGGACAACAGUCGCAGCCGCACUCCUUUAAGCACAGAAGCUGAUGCAUCAUAUAUGGGCUACAUGCGACUGUUGGGGGAAUGUCGCGGCAGCAUUGACACAGUGAAGAGGAUGGGCUGUGAGCUGAAAGAUGAAGAGGAUACUGUGUCUGGACUGGCAGAUCCUAGUAGUUCAGAGUCUCAGACAUCAGGUGUGAUUGAGCGCUGGGAGCUCAUGCAGGCUCAGGAUCUCAGUAAAGAAAUGCGCUCCAAGCAGAACCAGCAACAGUGGCAGCAGCUGAACUCUGAUUUAAACAAUAUUUGGAUUUGGCUGGGAGAAACAGAGGAAGAGCUGGAGCAGCAGCGAAAACUGGACGUCAGCACAGGCAUCCAGAUAAUUGAACUACGCAUCAAAAAACUCAAGGAGCUGCAAAAGGCGUAUGACAAGCGCAAGCCUAUAUUACUUUCCGUCAACUUGUGCAGUGCAGAGUUUCUGCAGUCAGACACAGAGGAGUCCAGAGAGCUGCAGGCCAAACUGAAAGACAUGAACAACAGCUGGGACAAACUGGGCAGCUCUUUGGAUGGAUGGAGGACGUCCCUACAAGAAGCUCUAAUGCAAUGUCAAGACUUUCAUGAAAUGAGCCAUGGUUUGCUCCUCUGGUUGGAAAAUAUUGAUCGCAGAAGGAAUGAGAUAGUCCCUAUUGACCCAAUCCAGGACAGUGAUACUCUUCAUGAACAUCAUAAGACACUCACGCAAAUCCGCCAGGAGUUAUUGGACUCCCAGCUUAAAGUCGCAUCACUACAAGACAUGUCUCUCCAGUUGCUGGUCAACUCUCAGGGCAGUGAGUGCCUGGAGGCCAAGGAGAAGGUUCAUGUCAUUGGGAACCGCCUCAAACUGCUGCUAAAAGAAGUGACCCGAGACCUCAGAGAACUCUCUAAAACUCUGGACAUUACAAGCAGCCAACAGGAUUUGUCUUCUUGGUCGUCUGCUGAUGAGUUGGACACGUCUGGCUCCCUCAGUCCAGUAUCAGGAAGGAGUACACCGAGUCGGUCACGAUCGCAACGGGGCAAAUGUAGUCUGUCACAGCCUGGACCGUCUGUGAGCAGUCCACACCACAGGUCUCGCAGCGUCGUUGGAUCCGCUUCCUGCCGUUCUGAUCUGGACUUAGAAACAGCUCGUAGAUCCUCAUUCUGGUGCCGCGUCCUCUGGUUUGCGCUGCCUUUCCAGCUUCUCCUGCUCCUGUUGGUGGUCCUCGCCUUCCUGUUGCCGCUGGCAGAGGAGGACUACUGCGCUCAGUCCAACAACUUUGCUCAUUCUUUUUACCCAAUGCUCAGCUACACGAACGGGCCUCCUCCCGUGUAGGUGAGCUACAAGAAUUUCCUGCUUCCCCAAUUUGGCUUCCAUGGGACGGGAAUGAGAAUUGUGCUCAUCUGGUGAGCAAAAUCUAGCCUAAUGCUUUGUAAAUUCAAGACUUAUUUUGGUUUAGCUCAGAGUGGACAUCUGCUGGACGAAUUUACGGGUCCUUCAUAUAUUUUUUUCUGAAGAAGACUGUCAGUAGAAAGCACCAAAGUUAAAAGCUGAAAGAUUGCCUCGGACAAAAAAAAGGAACAUUAAACAGCGUCACUGCAUUUUGUUUAACCUGUAUUUGGGCAUGUGGUUUUAAUAUUUACUUUCAUUUAUUACAUUUAUGAUUGUGUCUGUGGUAAACUGUUCAUUUUAACUUGAACUGCAUACAUUUAUGUACGUGUGUCAAGCCAGGUCAAGCGUUUUAUUAUCAGAUACAAACUAAUAUCAGCCAUCCAUGGUGUUUUUACAUUCUGCUUUUUAUUUUUUCAAAUGAUCUGAUAUAUUAAAGAUUUAAACUUAUGACACAUAAAACUAUUGUAUAUUUUGUAUGACUGUUGGUUGAGUAUAAAAUAUAUAAAAGUGCAGAACUAUUUAACAUGUGUACAUAGUGCAGAAGAUUACCACAAAAUAAUUAUGUUUAUGCAACUAUGAACAAUAAUGAAUGCCAAAUCCUCA